UUUCAGUAUCGACAACGUGGUGACCAGUCCAGGGUGUAAUCGGAUUGUCACCCAAAGUCAGCUGGGGUAGGUUCCAUCUCAACCUGAGGACAAGCAAUAUAGAAAAUAAAUGGAUGGACUUCAAUAUACAGUAAUACCAUUUUGUUUAAUAGAUAAACUUAAGUCUUUUACCAAAUAUGUCUCCUUUCCCUAAAAAGGGUCAAGUAUAUGUUAAAUAAGCUGAAAAUGUUCAAACAAUUGCAUUAGUAGUAAUUUAGAACUCCUUUUACUGAUGCCUAUUAUUCUUUCAUUGUGUAUUAUUUAUUUCAUUGUGCUGCUAGAGUGGAGUAUGGGCUUUCCGGCAACCAAGAGUCACAAGUUGGGGAUGGCGCUGACGACCUAUGACAAUCCUUACUUUAGGAAAAGGGGUGCUUGUUAUGAAUUUUGCAUGAAAGCAUUUUGCAUUGAGCAGGAACUGAGACAUACUAUUGGACCAACAGAACAGGGAGGAGUCACAUCCUGGGAGGAAAGACUGAAACAUAUGCUUUUUUCUGUCUCCGAGGAGCCCUGGAGUGUACUUCUGUGACCGCCUCUCACCAGACUUAAGGAAACAACAGCAAGAAGGAGCAAAACAUGGACCGAGGGAUCACACUCAACGGAGAGACCAUUGCUCUGAACAAACCCUCCGACAUAGAGGCAGUGACAUCACCCUCGGGCAAAGUGUAUCGGCCCAUCAACAUCAACCACUAUGCCACCAAGAAGAGUGCGGCCCAGAGCAUGCUGGACGUCGCUUUGCUGAUGGCCAACUCGUCGCAGCUGAAGACCGUUCUCUAUGUGGGGCCUCAGUACCGUUUCUACAUCCCCCUCAUUGUCUUACUGUCUGUGUCCAUCACGCUGCAAGUCAUCGUGGGUCUGCUGCUCGUCUUUAUAGUGAAGUAUGAUCUGAAUGACGUGCGUAAACAUGCCAAACUGAACAGGAUGAACAAUGUGGCAACGGUGUUUGUCUUCUUCACCGUCCUCAUUAACAUCUUCAUCACAGCUCUGGGCUUUGAGGGUCAUGCUGUCAGGUCAGCCUAUGAGCCCAUGAUGUUAGAAGCAGCACCUCAUACAUCCUCUCAGCCUGCCGACCUCAACACGACUGGCCUUUGAGUUGGCACUGAAUGUUCUCUCAAAGUGUUCACUUGCAUUGAAGUGUGAUGACGCCACAUUUGAUGCUUUUUAGCCUUGAUGUCGUCUGUUAUCAAAUGCAGUGUUUGCACAUACUAUGUUAUUUAAAAUUUGUAAAUAUACUGUCAAUACUUGAUAUGGCUUUAUUCCAAAUGUUAUGUUUCUAUACUCAUUUGUAUCUUUUGUAACAUUCAAUGUUAACUUUAUUGCAAGAUUCUAGGAGCAAGAGACCAUCAUUUUAGUCACACCAUAUGAAACAAAUGUAAUAGGAUGAUACCGAAGUAGAAAUACAGUUGGUCUGCCCAACGCAACAAUAAAAGUUCCCACUCGUCUGGUAAGAGUUUCCACAAGAUGUUGGAUGUUGGUUUGUGUCCAUUCAUGCAGAAAAACAUUUGUGAGGUUGAUGAUA